AUGAGGUGGCUCCUGCCCUGGACGCUGGCAGCAGUGACGGUGGUGGCCGCGGUGGGCAGUUCGCUGGCCUCGGCCCCCUCUCCUGCCCCCACAGCCAUGGCCUUCAGCUCUGCUCCACUGGAGGACACGUCCUCACGCCCCCAAUUCUGCAAGUGGCCCUGUGAGUGCCCACCGGCCCCACCCCGCUGCCCGCUGGGGGUCAGCCUCAUCACGGACGGCUGUGAAUGCUGUAAGACAUGUGCCCAGCAGCUCGGGGACAACUGCACAGAGGCGGCCGUCUGUGACCCUCACCGGGGCCUCUACUGUGACUACAGCGGGGACCGCCCGAGGUACGCAAUAGGAGUGUGUGCACAGGUGGUCGGCGUGGGCUGCGUCCUGGACGGCGUGCGCUAUGACAACGGCCAGUCCUUCCGGCUCAACUGCAAGUACAACUGCACGUGCCUGGACGGAGCCCUGGGCUGCUCACCGCUCUGCCUGCGCGCGAGCCCCCCGCGCCUCUGGUGCCGCCGCCCCCGGCGGGUGCGCGUGCCCGGCCGCUGCUGUGAGCACUGGGUGUGCGACGACGACAAGACCACGAAGCCGCGCAGGACCACGCCACGCGACACGGAUGCCCUCGCCGCUGAGAGUGAGGUGGAACCGUGGCACAGGAACUGCGUGGCCUUCACAAGCCCCUGGAGCCCCUGCUCCACCAGCUGCGGCCUGGGGGUCUCCACUCGAAUCUCCAACGCCAACGCCCGGUGCUGGCCAGGGCAGCAGAGCCGGCUCUGCAACCUUCGGCCCUGCGAGGAGGACAUCCGUUCACACAUCAAGGCAGGAAAGAAGUGUCUGGCUGUAUACCAGCCGGAGGUGCCCCGGAACUUCACGCUGGGGGGCUGCGUCAGCACGCGCUCCUACCGGCCCAAGUACUGCGGGGUCUGCACGGACACCAGGUGCUGCGUCCCCUACAAGUCCAAGACCGUCGAAGUCGCCUUCCAGUGUCCGGAUGGGCCCGGCUUCUCCCGCCAGGUCCUAUGGAUCAACGCCUGCUUCUGCAACCUGAGCUGUAGGAACCCCAACGAUAUCUUUCAAGACUUGGGAUCCUACCCAGACUUGUCAGAAAUUGCCAAUUAG